AUGUUACAAGAAAUACAAUUAGUUCAAGGUCAAACCAACUACGUAGUCGUAUCCUCUGGCUACCCGUCCGCGACUGUAACUAAGCCAUCACUGGAAAAAAGGAUUGUACCGAUUGCACCAGCUCCAGAAAAAAAUUAUGUCACUCAUGACACACCGCCCAACCAACAAUACAGAAAGAAGGUGCAUUUUAGAACGAACCCGUACACCGGACCGCAGGCUGUGUCGAUUGCGAGACGCAACGCACGUGAACGAAAUCGCGUGAAACAAGUAAACGAUGGAUUCAAUGCACUCCGUCGACACUUGCCAGCCUCCGUGGUGGCUGCCUUGUCUGGUGGGGCCAGACGGGGAUCUGGAAAGAAACUCAGUAAAGUUGAUACACUACGAAUGGUUGUUGAGUACAUCAGAUACUUGCAACAAUUACUCGAUGAAAGCGAUGCUGCGUUAGGAAUCACACGUGAUCAAGAAAAUAGAGAAAAUAUUCCGAGCAACAAUUCGCAAAGUAUGAAUUCACUAUCGGAUAUGGAUGAUGGUUUCUUCUACGGCAGCAGUUCCCCUUGCUCGGAGAAAGCUAACUCCCCCGCACCUUCAGAGUGCUCGUCUGGAGUUUCGUCUGCGUAUUCCCCUGUUGACCGAUAUGAAGUGUCAACGCAACAAACUCUCGGGCCCAUGGAUGAGGAUGAGCUACUCGACGUCAUAUCCUGGUGGCAACAGAAAUAG